GGAAUGAUAUAUUGUGAGGUUAUGUCGAAUGGUUUGUUUAUUUUCUGGUGAACAACUUUUUGAAAUAGAUUCAUAAUGAAUGAUAAUAAUAAUAUCGCUUUGUUUAUUGGGUUGUUAUUAGAAGAAAACCAUAACAGGAACUUUAUGAGAAGGUUGCGUGAUCAAAUGAAUCCUUUCGAAAUGCCGGAUGCUCAGUUUAUAAAAAUGUUUAGACUGAAGAAGCAGUGCACCAUAAACUUAAUAAAUGCUUUACAGCAAUUUUUACCCACAAAAAAUGCAAAUGCUAUUGCAUUACCCAAAAAAGUGUUGAUUACUCUCAACUUUUUGGCCACAGGGUCUUUCCAGAAUUCUGUAGGUUCCAAUACCUGGUUAUCAGCAAGUCAACCUUCAGUAAGUAGAGCGGUAAAUGAAAUUUGUUCUACAAUUGCUGAGUAUUUAUUACCCACUUGGGUUCAGUUUCCUACUACCGAGGAGUCAAUUAGACUGGUCAAACAGGGAUUCUUCUUAAAAUAUGGGUUCAGAGGUGUUUUAGGAGCAGUAGAUGGAACUCAUGUGGAAAUUCUUGCACCUCCUGAAAAUGACAUUAAUCACCCCCCAUACGUUUAUAUUAACCGGAAAGCAAAACAUUCCAUCAAUGUUAUGCUGAUUUCAGAUGUUGAUUGCAGAAUAUUAGCCGUUAAUGCCCGUUUUCCUGGCUCUGUCCAUGAUUCUGCUGUUUGGCAAAUGAGCUCAAUAAGGAACCACUUACAGCUACAGCAUGAAGCAGGUCAUACAAAUAUGCUUUUAAUUGGUGAUAGUGGCUACCCUCUUGAGCCAUGGCUGUUUACUCCGAUUGCUAUUCCAAGAAACAAUUAA